AUGCGGUUCGCGGCGAGGAGCGCGUUAGCGCUAUGCCUCUGCGCAGCGGCGGUCGUAUCUUGCGAGGGCGUGAAUACGCUUUCGAGCAAAGAUAACACUUUGGCGAAACAUCCGGAUGCACAGGCAGCGUCACCCGAGUGGACGCUCGACGAAGAGGGACUGGGCACUUGGGAGACCUGCGACACGUGCGAGCAGUGCAUCCUGGACCCACUACCCGCGGGGGUAAAGCCGCCAAGGCCGAACGGGGGAGGUCCCGGGCGGGAUCCUGGCGUGGUACACUGCAAGAAAUGCCUCGGCUGCAGCGUGAUCUUGACGCGGAUGAAGGAGUCGCAGCCGAUGAAAGCAAUAGGAAAAGACGUGAAAGUUUUCUCUGGAGCAUCGGGCGCGGCAGUAAUGAAGGGCGUGACUGCGGAGCGAGGCAACGUCUUUGUCAAGGCGUGGUGCGGACUAAAGGGAAACUAUCGGCAGACGCCCAGGAAUCAUCCGUUGCCUACUAAAUGUGAGCAUGACGGCGAAGACAUCCCCUCCUCCCAGCGUAGGCCGUGCCAGCUCAAGGGGGGAAUCUUUGGCUGGAGCGAGUGCAAUUUCAAGUUCCUCAACGCGCUGGACAAGCUUGCAGAGGACGCCAACCUGACCGCCGCCACGCCCAGGACUUGGACCGAGCAUGUCAAGUCUUUCAUCCCCUGGCAGGAGGGUGACGAGGCUAAGGGGAUCAAGGUCGACACGCGCAUGCAGUUCUAUGAGGUUGCCGAGGGCGCAUCCAUCGAGGCGCUGUAUGGGGGCGUGCUUGACGCGCGGACCAUGGCACUGACGAAGAAAAUUCCCCACGAGGACGUGGUUAGGGCCGCGGUGUUCGACCUGCUUUUCAGUGAGCAGGAUAGGCACGGGCAGAACGUCUUCGUGAGCGAGACUGGCCGCCUGCAUGUCAUUGACAACGAGGGCGCGUUUGGUCCCAUCAACUCGAUGCUCAUCCCCGGCGGGCAGAAGUACGAGGUCUACCGCAUCGGCUACAACGCGGUUUGCUGCGGGAACCUGCCGGGUACCGAGGAGGAGAAUUGCCCGGGUAAAAUAUCCGACGCGUCCGCGCCGGAGGUGAUGAUUGACUACAGGUGCCACGCCCCCGGGAGGUUCAUUGGCACAGCGCUGCCUCCAGGGUUGGAGCCGUUUUUGCGAAGGAUAGAAAAGAUGAGUGCCCAGGCGGUGUUUGACCACUACGAGAUGAGUCACCUGGAGCACGCCAAAACUUUCAAGGUUCGCGUCAGCGAGAUGCUCGACGGGGGCUUCGAGCGUGCCAUGAUUGCGCAGUACGCCAGGCAGCCGCCGGGCGACGGUAAGCAGUAUGGGAAUGAUUUCUUCUACGGGUUGCAGCCGGCAUGCUGCGGUGCCAAAGAGGGAGCCCACUGCAAGGUUCGGAUUGCGGGUCGUGAAGAGCAAAGCUUCAACAAUCUUUCGGAGGAAGAUAAGCUCGUAUGGCCCGGGAACGAGCCCGGGCGGGAGGCAAACACGUUAUGGCCUGGUCCGGUGGAGGCCCCGCACCUGAAGAGACCGAUGGGCAAUAAGCUACGAAGAGAUUCCGGCGAGGUCAGGAUCCCAGCCGCGGCGGCGCUCGCGCAGGACAACCUCCACCUCUCCAUGCGCUUGGCGGUGGACGACGAUAACGGCGUCAUCACCUGCGAGCACCUGCUGUCCGCGCUCGAGGCGAUCGGCGUGGACAACGCGAGGAUCGAGCUCGAGGGUUCCGGCGAGGUUCCCAUCGUGGACGGGUCUGCGUACCAGUUCGCGUACGAGUGCGCCCGCGUCGGCCUCGUCCCCGCGCACGCCGACGGAUCCACCGCGGAGGUGCCCCGGAUGGCGUGGCGACCCAGCGAGAUGAUCACCGUGCGAGACGGCGACGCUUUCGUGCAGUUCAUCCCGGACGCCGUCACCAAACUCCUACCUAUGCCCCGCGAAAGAGAAGGGAGCUGGGGCAGGAUCAGGCAGAUGCUGAAGCGCGAAGCGGAGGCGCGGGGCGAGGAAAUGCCCAAGUUUUGA